GUGUUCCAGUGUUCAGAGCCUCAGUCUCCCAAACAAAAUUCAAAAUGAAGUCCAUUAUUGCUGCUGUUGUCAUCGCUUUCGCCGUUGCCGCAGAAGCCAGCUGGGGACCAUGGGGAACCGUUGUCCAGGCUAAUGUUCCAUCGUGGCCAGCAGCCCAUUGGGAUGGCGCUUGGUCGAAUGCCGGUGCUUACGGUGCGUGGCCAGCUGCUGCUCAUUGGGACGGACAUUGGGGAGGAGCUUGGCCAGCCGCUGCCCACCGGGGAGCACCGGUAGCCUCGGUUGCUCAUCAUGCUGGAAUUGUUCCCGGAGCUGUUUCCGUAAACGCAAACCGUGGUGCUGUUCAUAUUGCUCCACUUGCCGGCCAUGCUAUCUCCCAGAAGCAGCUCAAUCUUGCGCCAGCCCCAGGAACUAUUUGAACUGAUUUGUCGUUGAAUAACUGCCACGUUGGAAAUACUUUUGUCGCAAAUUUGAGAUUAAUCGAGGACUAUAAAUAAAAAUUGAAUGGCAUUAAAAUAUUUUUUGUAUUUAUUUAUUUUUGUAACUUUGUAU